AUGAGGAAACACCUACCAUCACUACUUACCGUUAUUCUAGCCUCCAGUCUUCCACCUCUUUGCUACUGCAGCAAUGAAACGUGUCCGACGUGGCUCUACCGCUCGGAGGAAGGCUGGUGCACUUGUGGGAGCCAUCUCGUCAACGUCAUCACCUGCAACAACGAGACGGGAGAGGUCGGCAUUCUGAGCUCGUUCUGUCUCACUAGCUUCGACUCGAGCAGAGAUCCGACGGAGGCUGUGGUCGGUAGCUGCUUGUACGGUCAGAACCACGGGACGGCCACGGAGGGAGGGGCCGGACUCUACGUGAGAGUGGCGCCGAACAUCACCGAGCAAGACGAGCAAUUAUGCGGGUACCUGAACCGCGAGGGGAGACUGUGCGGAGCGUGCAAGUCUGAACACUACGUAUCUGCCUACUCCUACGAUCUCAAGUGCUACCGAUGCAGCACAGGAUUGGUUGGUAACAUUUUCGCAUAUCUACUGGCUGCGCUUCUCCCUCCGACGCUGUUCUUGGCGGCCGUGGUGUUGUUUCACAUCUCUUUCACGUCUCCUCGCUACAACCUGGUCAUAUUGUUGUGUCAAACCUACUCGCUACCGGUGAGUCUACGAGUUCUCAGGCAGUACACGCGGGGCACCACCGUCAUGAUCUUCUUUGACUUCAUCGCCACGCUCUACGGAGUAUGGAACUUGGACUUUUUUCGAGCGAUCGUCCCUCCGAUCUGCCUCCCGCUAAACACACUGCAAGUGAUCGCUCUCGACUACCUGUCUGCUGCUUACCCGCUGCUGCUGCUAGUUUUCUUCUACGUUCUAGUGACGGCGCACGACAAAGGAUACAGACCGGUCGUCAGGCUGUUGAAGCCAUGCCUUUGGUGCGCUGCGCGGACGCGACGACAAUGGCACAUCAGAAGCUCCAUCAUCGACGCGUUUGCAACUUUCAUUCUCCUGUCCUACAUGAAGUUCAUGUACACCUCCGUAGACCUCCUGGUAUUCGAACACAUUGUGGAUAUACACGGCUCUCGAGUAGGGCUCUUUCUCUACUAUGAUUCAACCGUUGAGCUUUUUGGUCCCAGUCAUAGGCCCUUAGCCAUUAUCGCUGUAACGGUAAUUGGAAUAGGGCUACUGUUCCCACUAUUCCUCGUUCUCUACCCCAUGAAACGGUUCCAGAGAUUGCUCAACAGAUUUCACCUCAACAGCCCAGGGGUGAGGACAUUCAUGGAGUGUUUUCAGGGUAACUAUCGGGACAGAACUGACGGCGGGUGGGAGUGUAGGUAUUUCUCUGCCGUUUACCCCCUCCUGAGGUUAAUAGGAUCAGGUUGGUAUGCCGUAUGUCACGAUGACAUCGUCUUUCCAACAUUCGCACUCUUUCUCAUCGCCGUUAUAGCUGGUAUAGUAACACUACGUCCCUACAAGAAACAGUAUGACAUCUACAACAACGUUGAAAUCUUGCUGUGGCUCUCGGCCAUCGGAUUCAUUGCUGGGUUCAUGACCUACGCGCUCUCAUUUGACCGAUACAACACGGCUCCUGUUGCUGGCAUUGUCAUAAGUGGAAUCUUCAUUCUAACACCACUAGCCUACUUUAUCGUGCUGUUGUGUGUGUGGAUAAAGGAGUCACCACUGAAGCUAGGAGUCUGCACCGACAAGAGUGACUAUGAGGAUUUGAGCUUCUCUGGACAUCCGCUGGACUCCUCCAGCUCCGUCAAUUUGUAA